AUGAGUAGCUCAAGGUCGACGUCGGAAGAUCUGGAAGGGCAUUAUCCAGAGUAUUUCGUCGAUGCUGAGGAUGAGGACGACGAAGAGCAUGAUCCCGAAUACGAAGAAGACGAGGAUGACGAGAUAGACGAAGAUGAUAUGGCGCACGACUUGUUUGAGGAAGAAGAUGAGUUUCAUGAUGCCGAAGAAGGCAAUAUCCAAUUCAUAGUGCAAAUAGAGGAUGACGACGAAGAUGAUGGCCACGAAGAUGGUUCACCAUUGCCCGAAGCUGAAAGGGUAGCUGUGCAGCAGCGUUUGAUUAACUUAAUAAGUAGCCGCCGUACCGGCUUGUUAUCGCAACGCCAAGUUCUGGAUUUCCUCCGAAGAUCAAACCUUGGCCACCUGGUAUUCGGCGAAGAUGAUGACGAUGAGUUCGUUCCAUACAGGAGGCGGCGGCGACAACUGGACCCGAAUAGAUUCCCUAAAGUUCCAAGCGAAGAGGGAAGAAAGCUGGUGGACUCGGGUAUGUUCGGGGUGAAGGAGAUCCAACCCUCCAUUGCCUCAAAGAAGCAGAUAGCUCGCCGAAUAUUAGAUCGCGAGUUGGGUAUAGGAACAAGGCGUACCCGCAAGAUUAACCAAGGCAUGAUGGCGCAAUCUAUGAUUCCUACCUCGGAUGCCGAAAUGAUUAUCAACUACGACGAUAAUGUUUAUUCGGGCCAAUUCUCAGAUGACGGCAACUUCUAUUUUGCUUGCGUUAAGGAUAUGAAGGUUCGGAUGUAUGACACUUCCAACCCGUAUAACUGGAGACAUUACAAGACUGUACCGUUUACGUUCGGUGCGUGGACCUUGACAGAUGCGUCGCUGAGCCCAGACAACAAGUGGCUAGCGUACACUUCCAUCCAGAGUAACGUCUGCUUGGCUCCGACUGACCCAAAUGACACUGGCGAUCCAUAUGUAUUGAACUUAUCAGAAAAUGGGAGGAGUGGUUGGCGUGGCGGGUUUGGUAUCUUUUCUAUCCGGUUUUCUGGCGACGGACGAGAGCUGGUGGCCGGAACAAACGCAAGCUCUAUCGUUGUAUACGAUAUCGAAUCGCGUCAGGUGUUACAUACGAUUGACGGCCAUGAUGAUGACGUUAACGCAGUAUGCUUUGCUGACAAGUCGUCGCCGCACAUCUUGUAUUCGGGCAGUGACGAUGCGACGAUCAAAGUCUGGGACCGACGGAGCAUGGGAGAUGGGCGAGAAGCUGGUGCCUUUGUAGGCCACAUCCAAGGGUUAACGUACUUGGAUAGUAAAAACGACGGCAGGUAUCUACUGAGUAAUGGCAAGGACCAGAGUAUGAAGCUUUGGGAUCUAAAAAUGAUGUACACGACGACGCAGUUUGUGGAAAUGAAUCCGCGGCAGCAUACGCGAUACACAGAAUUCGACUACCGCUGGGGCAGGUUCGACGAAGAUGACUGGUUUCCACAUCCCAAUGACAACUCCCUGGUAACAUUCCGCGGACACGAAGUAUUGCGCACCUUGAUCCGCUGUCACUUCUCGCCCCCCGGCAGCACCGACUCGCGGUAUGUGUACACAGGCAGCCACGAUGGCAAGGUCUACGUUUACAAUAUGGAUGCUACCAUUGCCGCUAUUAUUGAUGUUCAGAAAUCUACACAAGCACUGCCUGAACGGUCCACGGCGCAACGCAGGAUUUACGGCGGAUACAGAUCACAAGGUUGGUCAACAGUUGUUAGGGAUGCGAGCUGGCAUCCUACUGCUCCUUUUAUUGCUGCAUCAUCACUGAACGGUUGGGAUAACGCCCUGGGCACCGUUACGUUACACUCAUUCAAUGAAUCCUCGACGGACGAGGGGGAGCCCCGGAUGGGUACACGAUACGACGAGAAACUGAAGCCGGUGGGUCGUCGCCGGUCUUCUGACGAAGAGGAUGACGAAGAGGAAGAGGAUGAUAUUUUUAACUAA